GUUUCCCCCCCCUGGACCCACGUGUGUUUCGAAAGGAGAAAUCUUAGGAGCGGCUACAGCUACCCUCUGUGAAAUUGUCGCAUCUGGACAUCGCUAGGCCUCGGUGGCCAGGACAUCGCCAUGCCUAAAGGACUGAAAGGAAAAAUGGUAGGACGGGAAAAAAAAGUCAUCCAUCCGUACAGUAGAAAAGCAGCUCAGAUUACAAGAGAGUCUCACAAACAAGAUAAGAAGGAAAGAUUGAAGACUGAGAGGGCCUUGCGUCUCAACCUUAUUGGUGACAAACUUCAGUGGUUUCACAGUCAACUGGAUACAAAAAAAACGAGAUAUUCAAAGAAAGAUGCCUGUGAAUUAAUUGAAAGGUACUUGGAUCGGUUUAGCAGUGAGCUGGAGCAGAUUGAGUUACACAACAGCAUCAAAGACAGGCAGGGAAGGCGGCACCAUUCCCGGGAGGCCGCCAUCAAGCAGACUAUGGAGAGGGAGCGGCAGCAGUACGAAGGCUACGGCUUUGAGAUCCCGGACAUUUUAGACCCUAAUACUCUGCAGACUUUCCGGGAAUGGGAUUUUGAUCUGAAGAAAUUACCAAACAUCAAAAUGAGGAAACUUUGUGCUAGUGAUGCAGUUCCUAAGAAGCGGAAACAGAAAAAUAUUUUAAAUAUAGAAAAGGAUUUAGGAGAAUUAGAAAUAACAGGAGAAAUUGGAGACACUACAGAUGGGAAACUGGAACCAGCAAGUGAAUCAAGUGACACAGAUGAAGAAAUGACUCCAGUGCCUGCCAGUCCUCACUGAAAUACAUGAGACCCUUACGUCCUACUCACUGACUAUGGCGCAUAGUCAUUUAUGUGUGGGCUGGUGAGAUGGCUCAGCAGGAGCUUGCAGCCAAGCCUGACUGCCGAAGUUUGUUUCCGAGGAUCCGUGGGGUAAAGAGAACAGAUGCUACAAGUUUUCUUCUAACGUCCACAUGCUCACCAUGGGAAGUGCACAUAUGCAUGCACACAAAUAAAAUUUAUUUUGUUAAUUAUCUAUGUAAGAAUUUGCUGUUGAACUCACUCUCAAAUAAGUAUUUGCAAUUUCAAAAUAGGUUUUUGGUUUUUAUUUAAGAAUUCUCUUUAAAUUGCUUUUAAAAUUCAGAGAUUGUAUUAAUCUGCUUUUCAUUAUAGCUAAAUACCCAAUGCUGGGAACUUAGCCGAGAGUCUAAGUAAUAGCCCAGUGCAGUUCUGCUGAGGCUUCUCUGUUUGCAUCACAUCAUGGGCAACAUCAUCGUGAUGGAAACCUAUCGGAGGAGGAUGCAGCAGGCAAGAUAGGAAGGUCUAUAUGUGGCACUAACGUCCUCUCAGCUCUGAAUAUCAGCAUAUGGAAGGGGAGCAGUUUCUAAUAUGUAAACUCCAGCCAGGGUCACAGUUAAAACCUAUUGAAAACAGCAGUGAUCUUCAGUGGCUCUUUAACCCGAGUUUUGUAGGAGGAGGAAGUGAAAAAAAAAUAGGGAUAAUGAAGAUAGCCUGGUCAGUGACAUGCGACAGAGCGCCUGAGUUUCCCCAGCACCCAUCAUAAGUAAGAGGCUGUUGCCGUGUGCCCAUCAUCCCAGUGCUGUGGAAGGGAGGGUGGGUAGAGAAGGUGAACAGGCACAAGGUGAACAGUGCUGGCUCAAGAGUCCAGUUGUGGCUGACACCCAUUGCUAAACGCCUCUCCAACUUCCUCAUUCUCCCUUCCGGCAGCUGCUGUGAUGUCCAGCUUGCCUGCCAUGUUGUUGAUUAUAGGCUAAUAAAAUUGACCUGGAGCUUC